AUGGUGCUGCUGCUGCUGGUGGCCAUUCCGCUGCUGGUGCACAGCUCCCGCGGGCCGGCGCACUAUGAGAUGCUGGGUCGCUGCCGCAUGGUGUGCGACCCACACGGGCCUCGAGGCCCUGGACCCGACGGCGCGCCCUCCUCUGUGCCCCCCUUCCCUCCCGGCGCCAAGGGAGAGGUGGGCAGGCGCGGGAAGGCAGGUCUGCGAGGGCCACCGGGACCCCCAGGUCCCAGAGGGCCUCCAGGAGAGCCGGGCAGGCCAGGUCCACCAGGUCCUCCCGGCCCAGGCCCUGGCGGGGUGGCGCCCCCUGCCGGCUACGUGCCUCGCAUUGCCUUCUACGCGGGUCUGCGGCGGCCACACGAAGGUUAUGAGGUGCUGCGCUUCGACGACGUGGUGACCAACGUGGGAAACGCUUACGAGGCGGCCAGCGGCAAGUUCACCUGCCCCAUGCCAGGUGUCUACUUCUUCGCUUACCAUGUGCUCAUGCGCGGCGGUGACGGCACCAGCAUGUGGGCCGACCUGAUGAAGAAUGGACAGGUCCGGGCCAGCGCCAUUGCUCAGGACGCGGACCAGAACUACGACUACGCCAGCAACAGCGUCAUCCUGCACCUGGAUGUGGGCGACGAAGUCUUCAUCAAGCUGGACGGCGGGAAGGUGCACGGCGGUAACACCAACAAGUACAGCACCUUCUCUGGCUUCAUCAUCUACCCGGAUUGAGCAGGGCCCCAUCCCCCGCGCCCCCGCUCGCCCUUCGCCUCCGCUCCCCGCCUCACCCACCUUCAGCCGGUCCCACCCAAGGCGCCAUCCUAU